GCUCGCCUGAUUCACGUCGCGUAUUCGGCGCAAAUAACUGUAAAGCUACUAAUAUUAUCGAAUAUUUGCGCGCCUUUGCGUACGAGUUCCAGAAUUUCAUAUUUGGCUACGUUAUAUAUUUGGUACAACCAGAAGUAAAUUGCCUGGGAGUGAAACUAAAGCUCGGGAGUUCGGAAAACUUAACUAAUCUAAGUAGCUAGAAAACAAGCAGUUGCUGUUAAACCGAAACCGCGAGCAUGUCGCAACAGUGGCUCUCAAACUGUGCUAGGCUUCUGGUUUUCCUGGCGGGGAUUGCGCUCUUUCCCACUCACUUGGCAAACGCUUCCAGCCAGAUCGACGUGGAUGCGGAUCUGAAGCACUUGCUGGGUCGUUGCCACUGGGCGGACGAGGAUUUCAACGAGUGCAUGCGGCAGGUGUUCAACGACCUGAGGGCCUACUUCACAACAGGUGUGCCCGACUACAACAUCAAGCCCUUUGACCCGCACCACUGUAGCUACGUUGAGCUGCGACGAGGUGAAUCACAGGGUCUGGGCAGCUUUCGUCUGAUAUUGCGCAAUGUAUCCGAGUACGGAUGGGCGCGAUCCGAGGUAACCAAGUUCCAUGCCGAUCCAGAGGACCAGCGCAUCGUUUACACACAGUAUUUCCCCGAAAAAAGUCUGGAGGGCGAGUACGAGUUCGCCGCCAAAAUGCUGGGCACUGAGAUGAACAGAAAAGGCCACUGGAACCUCACCCUCUACGAUUACAGUCAAACCACCAGCGUUCGUCGCAUCGGCGGUCCGGGUUCGCUCAUCAAGGUCCAUGUGGAGGUGGACCGCAUCGGCGGAAUGGAGCUGCACAUUGAGAACUUGCUGCAGGGACAGCCCCUCAACCAACUGGCCGAUGGAGUCAUCAACAGCAUGUGGCAGCUGGGAUUGCCGUUCAUCAAGCCGAUGAUUAACGAGCUGGUCAGCACGGCAUUCACGGAUAUAUUCAACGAGUCCUUCCGGCACUUUCCGCUCGAGAAGUUCCUCGCCACGUGACGUCAUCUAGUUAAAUAUAUAUCUGCACCUCUUUUGUAGUAUUUUUAAUGGAACUUAUAACAAAGGCUAGUUAAUUAAACACUUAGACCACAUCCGCCAAAGCACUCGGAAUUGCUUCGAUCUGCGGCUGCGCCACGGACGGUUGCAGGGACAUCUGAGCCAGGGAGCGGGCAAAGAGCUUGCUUAGUGAGAUGAUCACGUAGGAGGAGCUCUGCAGCUGCUGAUCCACCGUUUCGUAUAGGAGUUGAUAGGCCUGCUCCAGCUCCGGUGUGAGGGUGGCUUGAUAAUAUGGACAAAAUAUAAUUUCAAAAUUAAUCGAAAGUUCAAGUAGGUUCAGGAUAUCAAAUGCUGUGAAACUUAAUGAUACCAAUCUUAAAGAAAAUACUCAGAACUGAUACAUGCAUAUAAACCACAACAAUUUUUUUAAGAAUUUAAGGAUGCGAAAAUAAAGUCGGGAUCACGGGAACUAUAAAA